AUGCCAUCAACUAUGGCACUAUUUGCCACUAACCAUUCACCUGCCUGCUGCUCGGGCUCUGUGUUUCAAGUUCCUUAUCCUAACUGUCUCCUCAGAUAUGUUCCCCAUAAUUUAUUUAUUUUAUUUUUAAAAAAACUCAUGAUUAAGCCUCAUGUAUUACACACAUGGUGCUGA